AUGACAUUAACAGUUACUAAAGAUAAUAUUUUUCCUAAAGGAUAUCGUGGAAGAUUAACUGAAGGAGUAACAUAUGAUGAAAGAAAUAAUACUUUAUUAUGGGUAGAUAUAAUUCAAGCUGAAGUUCAUCGAGUAUUUCUAGAUAAUAUCGAAACCGACCCUAAUUCUAAUUCUUCUAAUUCUUCUUCUUGUCAUGAAAUUUUAAAAUGGGAUUCAUCAGAUGAAUCAAUUGGUGCAAUUUGUUUAACUAAUAAUCCUAAUAAACUUAUUAUAUGUAGUAAAUAUGGUAUUGCUUAUGGAGAUUUUUCAAAUUUCACUAUUGAAUAUUUUUUCAAAUAUCCUCAUACUAAUAAUAUCAAAGAAAAAUUACGAUUAAGAUCAAAUGAUGGAAUUAUUGAUCCUUGGGGGAAUUUAUGGAUUGGAAUUAUGAAUGAUUUUUCUAUUGGUGAAAAUGAAGGUAUACAACCUGAAGGUAAAUUAUAUCGAAUUAGUAUUGAUCAUAACAAUAACAAUAAUAAUAACAACAAUAAUCAUGAUCAUGAUCAAUUAAUUUGUGAUGUUAUGAUUGAAAAUAGUUUAAUUCUGAAUGGAUUAUGUUUUAAUAAUAAAGGUGAUGAAUUUUAUUGGACUGAUUCAUUAACAUUUAAAAUUUGGAAAUUUAAUUAUGAUAAAUUAACUAAUAAAUUGAUUAAUAAAUCAAUAUUUAUUGAUUUAAAACAAUUUUAUCCUAAUAUUGAACAACCAGAACCUGAUGGAUUAAUAAUGACUAAUAAUGGAGAAAUUUAUACUUGUGUUUUCAAUAGUGGAACUAUUUUACAUGUUGAUAAUCAAGGUAAAGAAAUUGAAAGAAUUAAUAUUCCUGCUAAUAGACCAACUUGUAUUACUUUUGGUAAUGGGGAAAAAAAUAAUGAAAUGUUUAUAACUACAGGUCAUUUACAAUUGAAUGAUAAAAAUGUUAUUAUUGAUAAUAAUAUUAAUGAUAAUGAUGAUAAUAAUGAUGAUGAUUUAGGAGGAUUUCUUUUUAAAUUGAAAUUUGAUAAAAAUUUAAAUGGACAAAAAAAAAAUAUUUGGGGUGGUAAAGUUUAA